AGAGGUUAUGAUUUGCCCGCAGUCAUGAAGCUGGGACCAGACAGUUGUGACCAGGCCCUGCUCCAGAUUGGGAUAAACAUGAUGGCAUUCCCAGGGGUUAGCCACUUGGACUCUAUCCCAUUGCCUGGCCAGGGGUUGCCCCUGAUUCAGGUGGACUCUGUUCAGAGAUGGAUGGAAGACCUAAAGUUGAUGACCGAUUGUGAGUGCAUGUGCAUCCUCCAGUCGAAGCCCAUUAGCCUAGAGGAUGAUGUCCAGAGUGAGCUGAUCCCAUCUUCACAGCACGGCCCCUGUGACCACCUGCAGCUGCUGUUGAAGCGAGCCUGGAUCAUUAGCACUGAGCUGGGAAGGAUCAGGCAGAAGUUGGACCGGGAGCGAUGGGGACGGGUGCACAGUCUGAGUGUCCGGCUGACCUGUCAUGCACGCUCCAUGAUCAAUGAGUACAGCAUCUUCAGCAGAGGUACCUCUGAGGAGAUGGAGCAGUUUCAGAAGCUGUUAAUGGAGAAGUGCUCGGAGCUUACAGCUGUCACUGAAAGAUGUCUCCACAUCCAUGAUGAGCAGGUCCUGAAGUCCAUGAAGCCCUGUGUGAAUGAGACCCUGAGUGCCGUGGGCCAGUACUUUAGCCAGCUACUGGAAUUGGCUCUGACACAGGAGAUACAGGUGCUGGUGAGAAAGAUUGAUACUUCAGAUAAUCUUUACACUGCAGAGUCUACCACAGGGAUGUUCAGCCUGACCCAAGAAGGUGCCCCUUUAUGCCGUAUCAUAGCAAAGGAGGGGGGUGUUGUGGCCCUCUUCAAGAUUUGCCGGCAGGAUUGUUUCCGGUGCCUGUAUCCCCAGACAUUACGUACUCUUGCUUCUAUCUGCUGUGUAGAGGAAGGCAUUCACCAGCUGGAGAAGGUAGAUGGAAUUCUGUGUUUGGCUGACAUCCUGACUGACAGUAGCCACUCAGAAGCCACUCGAGCAGAGGCUGCUGCUGUGGUCGCCCAGAUCACCUCUCCACAUCUGCCUGUGACCCAGCAUCUCAGCAGCUUCCUGGAGAGCAUGGAAGAGAUUGUGACAGCCCUCAUCAAAUUGUGCCAAGAGGCCUCGUCUGGUGAAGUCUUCCUAUUGGCUUCUGCAGCCCUUGCCAACAUCACUUUCUUUGACACUAUGGCCUGUGAGAUGCUUCUGCAGCUGAAUGCCAUGCGCAUACUCCUAGAAGCCUGUGCUGAUAAGCAGAGAGUGGACACACCCUACACCCGAGACCAGAUUGUGACAAUAUUGGCAAACAUGUCUGUCCUGGAACAGUGUGCCUCAGAUAUUAUACAGGAGGACGGGCUGCGGCUCCUCAUGGGGAUGCUGUCUGAGAAGCCGCUGUCCGGGAGCCCAGCUGAGGUGGCUGCCUGCGAGAGAGUCCAGCAGAAAGCCGCCGUGACGCUCACUCGCCUCAGCCGGGACCCAGAGGUGGCCCGAGAAGCCAUACGGCUUGGGUGCAUGCCACGUCUCACGGAACUUUGCUGGGUCCCAGCUGCGAGGAACAAUAGUGACUCAGUGCUCGUGGCGUGUCUGGCUGCCUUGCGCACCCUGGCAGCAGUCUGCCCAGAAGGCCUCCAGGACACCGACUUCCAGCAACUUGUCAAGCCUCGGCUGGUGGACUCCUUCCUUCUGUGUGCAAACAUGGAAGAGAGCUUUGUAUGAGAAGGGAAGAGGCGGGAAAAGAGGAAGAGGCACCCACCAGCCAGCCUCCCAUUUGACCAGCAUCCAACUUCCCCUCCCCUUCCCCGCUCCCCGCCACAUACACGCAUGUUCUGCUAUGGCCCCCAGCUCACUAUUUAUACUAACUUAUUAUCUGACUAGGAGGAUGGUGGGUUAAGUCCAGAGAUAACGUUAACAGGAUACCUACCCUGGGCCUCUGUGGUAUUUUUUUAAAACUUCUAUUACUUUUAGGUUGAAGAUAUUGAAUGUUAAUAGGCUAGAAAGGAUCGUGGAUAAUUUCACUUUAUUUUGCAAUUGUGAUAUUUACAAUGUAAUCUUGCCACAUUUUUUACACUGUAGAUCUUGAGUAUUUCUGCUACCUGGUAGUUCUGUAGUUCAUUGUACUCUUUCUAAAAUUUCAGCCAUUGUUGAGACUAAAUUAAAUACAAAGACAGAGUGUUCUGGAGGUGGGGAUGUUGGGGAGGGGGGAGAUUCCUUUCCUUACUCCAAAUGGAAUAAUGGAAAUUUUGAACUUGGAUUUUCUGAUUAUAGUACGUAUAAAGUCUUCAGUUUCACUUCUAUGGGACCAAGGUCUUGCUUAACCUGUGGCUGUGCCAUGACAACCUUAGUGUGUAUUAGUUUUUGUGGAUAUAUGUAUUCUUCCUGGAUGAUUGAUAUGUGGAUCUCUGAAUGACCCCUGAAGCAAGCUCAGAAAUCUAUUUUCCCCUGGGGACUUCUAGGACCUUGAGCUAAUAUUCAGGAGUGGGAAGGAGGCAGAGUCCCAGAUGUGAUUUUAGAGGAUCAGAUCUCACCACACAUACGUAUGGGGGUUUGUGUGAUACAUGCAAGGGUGUUUUGGAGCCAGCUCAUAUUGGCUAGCAAGAGCAGAUUGUUAAAUUUUCAGUGUGAUGAUUUUAUAAUUCAAAAAUCAGCUGAUGAUACAAUUCAGGUUUUAAUUAUUGUAUUGUUCAUUGUCUAGACUUAAGAAAGCA